CGCGCUGGUCGGCUCGCGCUCCCCCAAUUCGUCGGAUGCUUUGUCACGUGCUUGAUGCUCGGGGCCAUCUGGGUGAUACGGCCAUCGACGCCCCUGGACAUCUGUCUGGCCAUCAGUGCCGUCUUUCGGCAAAAGGAUGUCAUGGUGCCGUCGGAGAAAUUUGUAGUUGGCCCAGAUGAUAAGAAAUAUUUCUAUGACCGGUCUAUGCCUCUAGUGUUCAUUGGUGGAAUGCCAAGGUCCGGCACAACUCUUCUUCGUGCCCUCUUAGAUGCCCACCCGGACGUCAGAUGUGGUGAAGAAACGAGGGUUAUCCCUAGACUUCUAGGCCUCAAAAGUCAGUGGCUUAAAUCGAACAUCGAAUUGAGAAGACUGAAAGAGGCUGGUGUUAGUCCUCAGGUUUUGGACAGCGCCAUUGCUGCGUUUAUUCUGGAAAUCAUCGCACGACACGGCCCGCCUGCCACAAGACUCUGCAACAAGGACCCCUUCACUCUUCGUUCUGCAGUAUAUUUGAGAAGUCUUUUUCCAAAAGCUAAAUUCAUUCUUCUGCUUAGAGACGGACGAGCCGUGGUGCACUCCAUCAUCACCAGAAAAGUGACCAUCACGGGCAUGGACCUUCACGAUUACCGACAGUGUCUUCGCCGCUGGAGUACGGCUGUCCGUGCCAUGUACGGUCAGUGCCACCUCCUUGGACCAGGAGUUUGCCACCCCGUACACUACGAGAGGCUAGUACUGCAUCCCGAAGCGACGAUGAGAGACAUAUUAGAAUUCUUAGAUUUGCCAUGGAACAGAUCAGUCCUGCACCACGAGCGCCUUAUAGGAAAACCGGGAGGUGUUUCUUUGUCCAUGCUGGAGCGCUCAACAGAUCAAGUCAUCAAACCAAUCAACACCAUAGCUCUGACCAAGUGGGUAGGAAAGUUACCCCAAGACGUGAUCCGGGACAUGCCAUCUCUAGCUCCCAUGCUCCACAUUUUGGGCUAUGACCCCCACGCUAAUCCACCGGACUAUGGCAAGCCGGAUGCCCUGGUCAUACAGAACACGUGGGAACUCAAAGUGAAUAAGCAAGCCUGGGACGAGCGCGAAAAGCUUUUAGCCGAAAAGCGAGACAGCAUCUGGAAAUCUUGGCUGCAUAAAGGUAAAGUGAAAAAUCGGCCUUCGACAAUAUCUGGAUCAACGAGCAGAAAUUAUCAAAACAGGUCCUCCACUUCUUGGGGAAGAACUGUUGUCAAUAGAACUGACUUACAGAAACAUGAAAGAGGCUUGUAGCAAGAAAUGAAAGUGGUUUAAAGUGGUGGAAGCAGCAGGUCAUAAUAAUUUAUUGCAUGUGAGAACAAAAAGUAAAUAAGUAGACCUGAAAAGAACACAAGAAGAGAUUUCAUUUAAAAAAAAACAUACAACACCAUCUGCAAAUCAAGCUUGCAAGACGUAAAGUGAAUGGUUGGUCAGUAAAAACAUCGAAUGCAACUAACGAGCAAAGCUAAUCGAAAGGGGACCUUUAUCUCCUGAGGAAGAGUUGAUGUCAACGGAUAUGAAAUUCUAAGACAAGAAGGAGAUAUUUAGCAAGAAAUGCAAGCAUUUUGAAAUGAUGGAUACAGCAUAUCCCGAUUAGCUACAACACGUAGACAUUGGAAGUGUAUGAGUACAUCUGGGCCGUAUGCGACAUGCUUUUGUCCGAUAAGAGGAACAAUAUCCGGAAAUCGUGUCUGCAAAGAGGCAAAGUAAAGAUUCAGCUAGAAACAGCAUCUGCAGCUAAAGACAAUCGAAAUAGGUAAGCCACAUCCUCGAGAAGAGCUGUUGUCAAUACAACUAAAUUUCAGAAAAAAGAAAGAGGUUUGCAGCAAAAAAUAAAAAAUGCUUUGAAGUGCUGGAAACAGCAUGCCUCAAUGAUCUGGAGUGGAACGUGUUGAAAAUUACUAGUAUAAAAGCAAGUUUUCGAAGAAAGAGAGAAGCUUUUAUCCCGAAAACAGGUCCACAUUUUCGAAUCCGUGACUGUUUAGAAGGUGAAGUAAAAAAUUGGCCAGUGACAGCAUCUGCAUCUACGAACGAAAAAAGUCCAAAGAGGCCCUCCACCUCUUAGGGAAGUUCUAUUUUCAACAAAGCUGAAUUUCAAAAGCAAUAGAGAGCCAAUUUGCGGUUUAAAAAAAUAUAUUAUUUUUAAACAUAAUUGUUGAAUUUGCUAUUGCGGUAGAUUUGCCUCUACAGCCCGUCAGAUAGUAAUGGUACAUAUGCCGCUUUAAAUAAUCGGACAGAUCAACUGGAAUAAUAACGCAAUAAAUAGAAAAGCAUUAGAUAUAAAGUAAGUAUAUGAGAAUAAAAUAAAAACUGUACUUCGCCGAAUGAAAAACGAAUGCUUAAAUUAGGAUAUCUAAGAGGUAACGAAAAAUUUCUUGCUUCUUCUGCAAAAAUGGCAACUAUUUGCCAAAAGAAUUCUAUUUUUUCAGCAAUAUCUAUGAUGCUCAUCCAUAUACCUAUUUAUUGAUUUGAAAAAUAAUGAAAGGAUUCGGAUAAGGGAACAGUACUGACAACCAAAACAAAACUUGUUGCUUUAAUCCAAUUGGACAUUCCUGAAUAAGGGUGGUAAUCCUGAAUGCAGAUUGCGGGUGGAAGUCGUGAAUAAUGGCUUAAUAUUUAAUUUACAUCUUGUGUGAGUGUUUACACUAUCUUGAGUGUGUUAAGUUUUCAAUUGGAAAUGAGCGCAACAACAAGUAGUCACUAUUGGUAAGGUCAUACAAUCAAGCUGGCUACCCUAUGUCACCAUUAGGAGAGAGGACACGAAGUGAUAAAAGGUGUCAGACAAGAACUUACAGCAUUGCCAACCAACAAAAACGUAUUGCGUUAAUCCGUAGUCACAUUCCUGAAUAAAAAUGUUGAUAUUGAGUGCAGGUUCGGGGUGGAAGUCCAGAAUGAAGUACAGUGAAACCUGUGUAAGUUGACCACCUGCGGUGCACUACUUUAGUAGUCAACUUAAACAGGUGGUCAACUUACAGAGUUUGAUUUAUAUGAUAAGGGCUAAUUCCGUGCCUGAAAAAAGCGGUCAACUUACAAGGAUGGUCAACUUUACAGAUUUUACUGUACCACAUUUACACCUUGAGUACCAUAUUACACUUCUGUCCUGAUUUGAUCCUCUGUCCUGAACCUGAAAACCUUUUUUUUUUUUUUGGUAAAUGUAAACAAACAAAUAAUAGAACAACAAUGAAUAGGCACUAAAGAUAUGAUCACACGACCUUACUGGCCAGCUCUGGUCGCCGUUGUGAGAGAUAAAUUCGAAGAAAAAUGGACUACAAUACGAAUACUGCUGAAAACCAUCAUACAGCAUGUUGUAUUAAUCCAAAGUGACAUUCCUAGAUAAAAACGUUUGUUCAUCUUAACCUUUCGAAAAUAUUUUUUGCCACUUUUGUACUCUAAAGUGUUCUUUUAAACUCUUAAUUGAACCUUUCUUGUUUGGACACGCUCAGCAUGUUCAGCAAAGACUUGUUCAAAAUUCCCUCAGUGUCACCAAUUUCAAAAAGUUUGAAGGCGACUCUGAACAACUGAGCGCCAUAUUCUUUAACCAAUUAACACAUUGAUUGCGUCGUCGACAGCCUGUAUAUGGACUCCCUGCGCUAAGCUAAUUAUUUGAAACAAUUUGAAGGAAAACAGUUUUAUUGGACUUUUUCAUGAAUAAUACAGCAUACAAAACAAAUUCUAUACAUUUUUUUCUAGAAAUUUUCCACACUGAUAUUUUUCAAAGCAAGGGACAACACAUAAGGUAGGUUUGGACGCACAUGUUUUGCAUUGAUAACGCUAUUCCUUCCGAAUGUUCAGAGAAUGGCAGACGACGCAUUUUCUUACAUAUACAGUAAAACCUGUAAAGUUGACCACCCUUGUAAGUUGACCACCUGUCUAUGUUGACCGCUUUUGUCAGGAACGGAAUUAGUUCAAUCUCAUAUAAUGAAGGAAAACCUCUGUAACUUGACCACCUCUCUAAGUUGACCACCUGUCUAUCUUGACCACUAAUGUACGCUAAAUUUGGUUUGGAGUAGUGUAAAAAACCCUUUGUAAGUUGACCACUUUGUUUAUUUUUCAAAACUUUCUACAGCAAAUUAUUUUAUUUUAUUAUUUAUUUAUUUGUUAUUAUUAUUAUUAUUUCUUUUUUUAUUUUUUCGAUAGCUUUCCAAAAAUGUCUUUAAUGCUUUGAUGGCAGACUAGCAUUUUACUAACUAAAUAGCAGCAUAAAGCUUUUGCUGCUCUUUAUUCUCCAAACUUGUGUUUCAUUUGUUGUUCUAUUUGAGAUAGCUUUUUAUACGCUGUUCAAUGAAAAUAGGUGUCAGUAGAAAAGUUCAAAGUCUUUUUCUUUCAGUUGCAAUAUGCUGUGGCAACACAGGAAUUGAGCUAAAAAGAGCAGGACCGGAUCUAUACAUUUUAAGCCCCCCUGCAACAAAAUAUGUAGGGCCCCUCCCUAGUGGCCAGCAGUGUUUAUUUGUAAAGUGAAUAAGUCUUAGUGCUAGUUUUUUUUUUUUUUUUUUUUUUCAAUUUUCUUCAAUUUCUUGGGCCGUUAGCCCCUUUAAGGACGCGAGCCCCUCGCACUGCAGGUACGCAGAUCUGGGUCUGCUAAUUAGUAAAGUUACAUGUUUCUGGUGCAAGGGAUUAAGAGAUAUGACAUUUUAAUUUUGCCUUUAUGAACUAGGAGAGUCGCGCUUAUUGCUCUUUGUGCUAUAAGUUGUAGAAAAAAGCUUGUGAAAACGAAAGUUAGUUGAACUUGAAAUUAAUAAAAAGUAUGAAAUAUUAUAUUAAAAUUAAUUGAAAAUGGAGAAUGCCAGAGAAAAUUAUCCGGCACAUAUGGAAUUUCUAAAACUAGUGUCUAAUAUAGUUAAAAACAAGUAAAAAAUAAAAUUAUUUGAAUGGCAUUUUUAAUUAUUGCUUCACUUUCAAUAAUGUUAAACAAUGAAAUUGAGUUGAACAGAGAGAAUAAGGGUGAAUUGCUCAAAAAAUAAAUACAUGGUGCAAGAAAUGACAAAAAAUAAAAAAAUCAUUACCGCCCUUGAUAAGUUGACCACCUGUCUAAGUUGACCACCAAAGUACUGCACCGCGAGUGGUCAACUUACACAGGUUUCACUGUACUUACAUAUGUAAGACAUGCUUACGUUUGCUCAUUUUAUGUUUUUAUUUACUCAUAGACAAAAAACUCGCGCGCUAUCUCGUUUGAUCGCUCGCACGCCUGCUUGCAUCAGAAAAUGUUUUCAGAGCAAACGCAGUAGAGACGCGAUCUUGUGUUCUCGUUUUGAACCUUGUCUAAAUGUUCGUUUAUGCGCGGCAGAACAGCCAGGAAAGCCAAUGGAACCCGCUGAAGAAAAAAUUUAGCAACGUGUUGACUGGAGGACGACUUAUCUCGUCCCUAGCGCAUACAGCAUAUUUCUGGAGGACGAGUUAUCUCGUCCCUAGCAGUCAAGGUGUUAAAACCGUUAUAAAUUUGAAUAUUCUAUCUACGCUUCAAACUUCUUGACAAAUGCUUUAAAAUAAUUAACUUUUUAUUAGUUUCAAAGUUUCCUUAUGUAGAUAUUGUGGUAAAGACCUCUUUUCUUUUUCUGUUUGAUAAUGAAUUUGUCUACACGUCAUUUGAUUUUUACUUUACUUUGAACUUUGAUAUCAGAUUGAGGUUGGUUACUGUUAGAUUCAGAAAAAGUAAAUAAAUUAUUGAUAAGUUCAUGUUUAUUUUUGCCUACAAAAUAUUGAAAUCCAAACAUUGUGUCAUAAAAACUCAUUGUGUCAGAAUUGGUUAUUAAAGGUCUUGAGAUUUGUGAAAUAUAUCAGACAUAAUCUUUGUAUAUCAGAAAUGUUGUAAAUGUAUUACUCAUAUCAUGUAAAUUGUUUUUAAACAUGUCUUUAAAUGUAAUACGUUUAAAACAAUGCAUUUAUUCAAUUAAAAUAAAGCUCACACCUACAGUAUCAGCAACAAAAUUCUAAUCACUUAUUCCUGCGCAUUUUAUUGGUUCUACGUAAUUUCAAUACUACACCCUCGUGUUUAAACAUUGACUGUCAUUCAUUUCCUUAUUUAAAAUUCAUUACCCUAACACAACCGUCAUUUGUUGAUUACGUGAUGGCGUAAUGUAGGAGACAUAAAUCAUGUUUAUUAGAUGGAUAUGAUAUUAAUAUCCCAUUAGAAUUCAGAUAUUUUGUAGGUAUGAAGACAGCUUAGCACAAUCUAUAUUCAUUAGUAAUUUUUGAUACGAAGCAAAUGUUAUAACUUCUGGAAAUUUUAUGUAAAAUGAAACAGCACAACAUUUGUAACUUGAAUCUAUUUGAAAAUGUCAUUUUACCGAUGCAUAAUGGUAUUCUUUAUGAGUUCCUGAAAAUUCUAAAAUUUUCUUGAAAAACAACAAUAAAUGUUUCUCUAUAAAA